CAAAAAAGUUUUGAUCUUUAAUUUCAAGUUCUUGUGUUUGCUUAAUAAAAGUAUUAAAAUAAACAAAAUAUCAAAAAAAAAAAAAAAAAAAUCUUUUUUAGUUCUAAUACACUACAAAAUAGCAAAAAAGUUUUGAUCUUUAAUUUCAAUUCUUGUGUUAUUGAUUAAAAUAAAUAAAAUAUGAAAACCCAAUUAAAAAAUUCAAUCUUUUUUUGCUAAUAUACAACGAAUAACAAAAAAGUUUUGAUCUUUAACUUAAAAAUCUUGGUCUGGGCUUAUAAGUAUUGAAUUAUGGGGGCCAUGACGUCAACAGUGGCGGCGAAGUUUGCGUUUUUUCCGCCGGAGCCGCCGUCAUAUACGGUGGUGGAGGAAGGUGAUGGGAAGAUGAAGAUGGUGGGUGUGAUUGAGAGAGAAAACGUCGACGUUUUGAAGGUAAAGACAAAAAGAGGGAGUGAGAUAGUGGCGGCUUAUAUAAAGAAUCCGGUGGCAAAAUUGACUAUGGUUUAUUCACAUGGAAAUGCAGCUGAUUUGGGUCAAAUGUUUGACUUGUUUUGUCAACUUAGCCUUCAUCUUAAAGUUAAUUUAAUGGGGUACGAUUAUACUGGAUAUGGGCAAUCUUCCGGGAAGCCAAGCGAACAGAACACAUAUGCCGACAUAGAAGCUGUAUAUACAUGCCUUGAAGAAACUUAUGGCGUGAAAGAAGAAGAUGUAAUUUUAUAUGGCCAAUCUGUUGGUAGUGGACCUACUCUAGAGUUGGCAUCACGUUUAUCAAGAUUAAGGGCUGUUGUCCUUCAUAGUCCAAUCAUGUCAGGACUUAGAGUUAUGUAUCCUGUGAAACGAACAUAUUGGUUUGAUAUAUACAAGAAUAUUGACAAGAUACCAUUGGUCAGGUGUCCUGUUCUUGUUAUUCAUGGAACCGAUGAUGACGUUGUAGAUUAUUCUCAUGGUAAGCAGCUUUGGGAGCUCUGUGUAGAGAAGUAUGAACCGUUAUGGAUCAAAGGUGGGAAUCAUUGUGAUUUGGAGUUGUUCCCGGAGUACAUAAAGCACUUAAAAAAGUUCGUAUCAGCUGUUGAGAAAUCUGCAAGGAUGAAAAACGUAUCAGAAUCUCUAACAGAUACUGAUACAAACCCCCGGAGUAGUACAGAAUCUAAAGAGAAAUCGAGGCCGAGCGCAGAACUGCCAAGGCCAAGCACGAGUUCAGAGAGGUCAAGAUCAAGCCUUGACAGAAGAGAAAAGUCUAAGAAAAAUUUGGAAAAUGUGGAGAAGUCAACCAACGCCAAUGCAAGUGACCAACCCGAGAAAGCAAGAAACAGCAUUGAUCGAUUUGGAGAUAUAAUGCGAGCAGCAGUGUUAUGCAAUAUUGAUUGUUUCAAGCCCACGGGUGCAAUGGAUGUAGAAAGAUCGUAAUGGUCAAUGAAGCGAGGUUCUGUUUAAUAUUAUUCUUUCGAUUGGUUUGGAUGUGGUGUUUUCUUCGUUCCAGGUUUUACCAGAAUUUUUUAUUAUUUUUUUUUAGGCAGAUGUAUCUUAUAGUCUCUGUCAAAACUAAUAAUCUCUAUCUCUUAGUAGGAUGUGUGCCUCUGUGAUUAUAGAUGUGUUGGAACUUGUUUUAUAGAAUCAGAUACAAAUAUAUCACUUUUGGUUGAUUGUUUCAAGAGGAAAAAAGAUGGUUUUACA